AUGGCCCCACGCUUUCCAAUCUCUGUUCUGCUGAAAGUUUCUGCUAGGGCCCUUGAAAGCCUACUUAUUAUCCAUACACUCACCGGUUUUGGGGAUGCUCAGGUUCAGAUGCCCACUGGCAAACAGCCAUUGAAACAUCCUCAACCUAGUCGUACUCGUUUAUGGUUCAAGACAACAUCGAUCUGCGCCCAAAAAUUGGUUGCAGCUAUUCAUGAUCAAGCGUCAAAGGAGAUAUGUCACACGGCUCCUCCUAGCGAAAGCCGUGGCAUGGCUAAAUAUCGUGAGCGCUUCUUUCGUGCUCCCGAUGAUGCUUGCCAUAUUAUGAUAGGCGUUGCUCAAGUUGGCGCUGAUGACUGGUCGACUAAUGCCCCGGCUGUGGCCAAGAAAACUGGAGAUCUCUCUUCAUUCCAAACAUCAGCGUUCCAAGGCGAAAGAAGUAAUCAUCGUAACAGUGUUGAUGUUGAAAACCCUGCAGAACGAGGACCCUUGAAAUUAUUGCCUCGUUCGAAACCUUUUUCUGGUCAAGGAGGCGUCACUACUGCAGAGCUUAAAGGAGUGGAGUCAGGUGUUCCAAAAAAGACGAAGGAGGAAGUUGAGUGCAGUAUCCAGAAUACGCUGGAGGAAAACCUAUCACUAAAGGAAGUGAUUGAACUGCUGUCGAGUGCCAAGGAACUAGCCGCUUCUCAUCGACCACCUUUUGUCGAUACUGUCGGCGAUAUCUUCAAGAGGCUAUUGUCUGAAAGGGUCUUGCCGCCAGAAGAUUUUUGCAAACCAUAUGAAAUCCCGUCUGGCACUGAAUCCGAUGUCCCAAUGCACAUUGGUGGACAGGACAACUGCUUGAAGCAGCUGGUAUUCUCUCAUGCUCGUUGGGGCGUUACUAUCUCAUUUAUUAAUCUGUCCUUAUCGGAAGCAAUGUUGGCAAAAACACCUCAAAUGGGUAUUUUUAUUGGAGUAGUUGAUAGCUCUAUCUCGAAUUGGGAGUUAAUUCCUUCAUCCGAGAGCACGUCAUCUUCUUUGGCCUUUAUGAGACUCAUUAUAAGCUAUAAGGGGCGUUGGCCGUGCCGUUGGCCCCAUAAUCCUGACCAUAGUAUUUCUGGUGUUGCAGUGGGUGGCGUGGUGCUUGCACUGUCCGCAGUAGACGUUGGUGCGGUUAGGGUGUACAGCAAUUUAUCGCCUGCUCAUGCGUCGUCCUUGACGGCUUGUGAAUUUUCCACGAGUUCGACAUCAUCACCAGGAGCCUCUUCCCCUGCACGCUUUACCGCUUUUUACAUCGGCUGUGGUAUCUGCACUUUCUCCGCUUAG